AGCCGGAGAAGCAGGUCUUAGAGUCCGCCGGUGGAUCAAACGGGAGGGGGGAAAAGAAAAGUAUCUCGAGCUAUAUCCUCGGGGAGGUGUGGAGCACCACCUCGGCAGCAAGCAGGCGAACAAGCAAGCAAGCAAGCAGCUAGGAGCAAGCAUCAACGGCUGGCUGGCUGGCUGGCUGUCUGCAAGGCAACGCAACCGCACACGCGACGCAACGUAGCCAGUCCCUGCCUCCGGGACUGACUUACUUACAGUGCUGACCUGACGGACGGGCUGCUGCGGAGUAGUCACGGCUAGCCUGUGGGCUGAUUGAUGAGACGAACUGCAGGAAGCGGAGCAGCACAACAAGAGAGGAGCACGCAGCAAGCCACACUCAAGCCCAGCGGCGUCCAGCUCCGUCCGGGACCCAGCUCCGGCCCCAGCUGCUGCUUGGUCCUCUUGGUGCUGGUGGUGCUCUGCUGCAGGCCAGCCCCGUUCCCCAGCUCUGCUUAUUAGGCCCCUGGUUUCCCCAAAAAACAUCCCUUCCCCGACUUGCUAUUUCACGAUGCAUGUCACUCAUUUAGCUGCACAGGCAGCCGACACAGCUGGAGGUGCCUGCUCAGUCCCGCUCACACCAAGCACCGCAGCAGCAGCGAUUUCCGGCGCCGUCGUCCAGCCGGCCCUCGCAGCUAUAGGAGUCGGAGCACACUCUGCCCUGCCCGGCCUGUCGAGCCUGUCGAGUUCAAAUUCACCCUCGGCAUCGUCGUCGUCGUCCCCCUCACCCGGCGGCCGCACAGCACGCAUCACCACGACCGUGAGGAUAUCCGGGCCCAGGGCUCCCAUGCGCAGGAGCAGCCGGAGCAGCGGAAACACAACAACCGUCUUCAGCACAAAGAAGCUGUCGGCGGCCGUCAGGAUGGUCUCUGCCAAGACCGCCCCCUCGGAAGCCGGCCCCAAGCCCGCCGUCUCCGUCUCGUCGUCCAAUGCCCCCUCAGCCUCCAACACGCCUCCUCCCGGGACGAACCACCACAAGUCCCACUCGCAGCACCGCAUCUCGAAGCCCUCCGGCAGCAUCGGCAGCAGGAAGGCCUUUGCGAGGGUUGCCACCAUGGAGCCGCCCGUGCAGUCCUUCUACGGCGCAGAGCCCAUCCCCCUGCCCACCCGCUUCGCCAACAUCAAGCGCAGGCUGAUCCAGGGGCGCGAGGAGGCCAUCGAGGCCUCCUGGCGCCGGCUCCUGGCCGCCCUGCGCGACGAGAUUGCCCACAUCCAGUCGCGCGGCACCGACCUGAUCCCCACGAUAGACUUUGCCGACAUCGACGACGCCGCCAGGGUCACCUCGUUCGAGCGCGACCUGAAGCGCUAUGGCGUCGCCGUCAUCCGCGGCGUCGUCAGCCAGACCCAGACCGAGUCGUGGAUCCAGCAGACCAGGGACUACAUCACCCGCAACAAGGAGCACAUCAAGCCCACCAUCCCGCAGGAUCCCACCUGCUUCGACCUGUUCUGGACCCCGGCCCAGUGCGCCAUCCGCGCCCACCCUUCGGUGCUGCGCGUGCAGCAGUGGUCCAUGACCUUCUGGGAGACAAAGGGCGUCGACGCCGACGUCUCGCGCAUAGCCACCCGCUUCCCCAUCUCCUACGCCGACCGCCUCCGCAUCCACGACGGCACCAUCCUGGGCUCCAACGCCGCCAUCCCCCAGGUCAACGGGAACUCGGCCGCCGACAGCCUGACCGCCAGCGCCUCCUCCACCCUGAUCGCGCAGGUCGACAACGGCAGCCUCGAGCGCUGGGAGCCGGAUGGCUACGGCCGGGGCGGCGCCUACGACGCCGUGUUCAAGGGCGACUGGGAGUCCCUGGACCCCUGGGACCCGUCCGGCCGCAUCAACGUCACACAGGACCUGUACAACGGCGCUGGCGUGUGCUCCAUCUUCCGCAUGUUCCAGGGCAUCCUCGCCCUCACCUCGGGCGAGCCCGCCAGCAUCCGCGUCCUGCCCUCGCCCAAGCUCGUCAUGGCCUACCUGCUGCUGAGGCCCUUCUUCAGCUCCAAGACGAAGCCCCCGACGAGCGGCUACGACGAGGAGGGCUCCUCGCCCGACGUCAUUGCCGAGUGGGACGCCUUCCUGGACGCCGACAACUGGACGCUGGACGGCGAGCAGUCCACCAUCAUCCACGGCGCCGUGCCGGGCCACGCGCAGCGCAUCACGGAGCUCUGGCACCCGCACCUCCGCCUGCGCAGGUCCCUGGUCGAGAUCCCCACCCUGCAGGCGGGCGACUACGUGAUCUGGCACUGCGACGAGGCCUACAGCAUCAUGACGACCGCCGCCUCGAAGCCGGGGACCCCCGGCCCGGAGACGCCGGCGCCGUCGAUGCUCAUGUACACGCCCGCCUGCCCGCUCACGCAGACCAACGCCCUCUUCCUCGCGCGGCAGCGCAAGGCCUUCAUGCUGGGCCAGCCGGGGCCCGACUUCGACACCGCGGGCGGCUGGUCGGUCGGCAGCGAGGCGCCGCACGAGGGCCGCCCGGGCAAGGACGAGAUCGCCGCCGUCGGCGGCGACCGCGGGCUGCGGGCCAUGGGCCUCGCGCCGUGGGAGCUGUCCAGCGACGGGUCCAAGGUGAUGACGCGGCCGGGGACGAGGGCCGUCACGCCCGAGCCGGAGGAGGCCGCCCCGGGCGCCGCAAAGGGGGGAGACGACAAGAUGGACCUCGACAGCAGCAGCAGCAGCGCCAGCACCACCGCGAGCGCCGCCGAGAAGAAGCGCAGCACGGAGGGCGAGGCGGAGGUCGUCCGGCUGGCCAACAUCAUUCUCUUCCCGGACCGGUACGACUUUUACAUCCCGACGGAGAAGGCCGGGAACAUGAAGGACAGGAUAAAUGGCAAGGCGCAGGCGGAGCAAAUGGCGGCCACGCGGCAACUUAUUUCGAGGAUAUUAUCGUGAGGGCGAGACACGAGGAGUGGAACAUUGAAGAGCGAGAGACGGAACGACUAAUAGAGGAUGGCCCACGGGCAUGACGACUUGGGCCCCAGCCCAGGCUCGUCAGAAGCCCGGUGGGCAUCGAUAUGAGGGGAGGGUCUCGCAUGCAUAUUAGAAGGUCAGACCCACCCGCUGGACAUCUGCGCGGCGCCGCUAGAGACGUUCGGCAGGAAGGAAGACGGUCCCUGCUGAAUCCUAUUACACACAUAGGAUACAUCACUAUCAGGUCACACAAGCAUAGAGGCGGCCAUGAAGGAGGCCAGCGAGCAAGCACCCAGUGUGAUCCGCGACGAGGACACGCGCAAAUGGGUGACCUGGCAAGAGGAGGAGGAGCAGGCAUCACAGCUCCCCCGGCAUCGAUGCGGACAUGGCGAUUGGUUUUGAUGGCGUUUUCAGGGCCUCGGGCGUAUAUUACUGGAUAGUCAGCGGCACGUUGCGCGUUUUCCUGUCGAUACCAUCUAUCCAGGGAACACUGCCGCGCGGGUCGUUUUAUUGCAUGGCAGUCAGCCACAAGGGCCCAGCCCUCAAUGAUCAGUGUUACUCCAUA